UCCUGCGACCGCGCAGUAAAUUUGUUUUUAUCCCUCUGAUUGCUUAGCCACUGUCCAAAUAUUAUUUAUAGGAUUUUCUUUAAAUUUCACAUCUGUGUAGUUGCACGGUCGCCUUAAAAUGCCGAAAAUUGGUUGACGAAGUUCGGCAUAAUAUUCCUUUUAGGAGAACUGAAGAUAAUAACAUUGACUGACAUGGCGACCGAGAUUAGUCAAAGCAAAACAAUCUGCAUUCUGGCCGUAGUAGCAGGAUGUUUCGCCAUUCUAUGGCCAUCUUUAUUUUAUCCAAUGCUAAAAGGAUCAUUUGCGCCUCAGACUCAUACAGGCUGUUGCAAUGUGUUGUCUAGUACGGACAUGAAUAUAGUUAAAAUAGUAACGGAUAUAUGCGAUCGUAUAAUUGAAACGAUGGACAAAAAAACAAAAUUGGAAAAAUGUCGUCAGGAAAUUUUCAACACGUGUGCAAUCAAUAUAACUGAUUUAAUCAAUGAAAAUAAGAUUGGCAAAAUUACUCAUAAUAAACAUGUAAUUGACGAAAUAAGAUCUUUGAAUGGAUCUUUAUGUUUAAAAUAUCAUUAUGGAGUUUCCUUGACAAGUUUGGGGGUUACACAUAGACUUAAAGAAAGUGAUCCUGUAAUGAAUAAUAUUUACCAAGAAAGAACUCCUGUUCACUUAAGAGCCUCCAAAGCAUCAAUGCAUCCAGCAUUAAUGGAAAAAGGACGAGCAAUUCCUCAACCUCAUAUUGGACCGAGACACGGUAGUCCAACUCCUCAUAGUUUCAAACCACCAAUUCCAGGUUCAAGACCAGUAAUGGGAGGUAUGGGCGGUGCUAGUAAUAAAAUCACCGGAGGAGAUGGUGGUAGUGCCAUGAAUAUACUUAUGCCAAUGUAUACAAUUGGAAUACUUCUUUUUUUUGUUUAUACAAUGAUGAAGCUGUUGUCAAAAAAAGACGAUGUUGAAGAUUCUAUUGGUGAUAAAUAUUCUUCACAUUAUCCUUGUGGCAGAGAUAAUAAUUCAAAGCUACAGCCGCAGAAUAUUCCUACAAAAUUAGGGUUCGUUGAAAAGGAUACGAGGGAUUUAGAAAUAGAUGCGCUCCGUCGCAAGCUAGAAGAAACAGAGGCUGCGAUGGAACGCAUUGUUAAGCAAAUGAUAUUGGCGUCUGAGUGCAAUGGGAUGAAUGGGAAUAAGGAGUUUAAAAAUGAAAAUAUUGAUGAGGAAGAAUGUCCGACAAACACAAUAUCCAAUGACAAUGUAAAUGAUAAGGUUACCACUAAAAAGUCCGCUCCGUCAGAAGAAUCAGAAAGUAUUAAGUCUUCUGAACCCUACGAUGAAGAUACUACAGACUCAGAAAUUUCUGUAAAAAAAAUAAUUCAAGUGGUAAAUAUGGAAACAUCUGAAAGUGUUGGAGGGGGUCAUUGUUGGACUCCCACUGAAAAAGAGAAAAUGCCUUCAAAAUGUAAAACAACAUCUAUAGAAGAACCUAUUUCUCUACUCAUUCCUGGUACAAUUCCUAAGAAUUCUCAAGUUUUAAUAAGUGAUGGUCCACACAACACUCCCUCAGAAACCGAGGAUCACGAAGCAGUAAUUUCAAGCAAAGUUACAUUAUCAUUAAUACCCGACGAUCGGGUAGAAGAAUACCUAACUAGUGAUGAAGCAGAAGAUGAUAACACUACUUUAACAGUAUCAAACACUAAAUAAAAUGUCAAAAAAUGAAAACCUUAAGUAUGAUUUUCUUAUAUUUUAAUAAUAUGAUAUGACGAGUAAAUUAACUAAAUGUACGCGCACGAUUUUAAAAUAGGUAUUGAUUGGGAACUUGGCGAAUAGUUAUUAUAAUGUGAGAAUAUAAAUGGAAGUUUUUAAUUGCACAUUUAUAAUGCACUUUAAUAUUUCGUGGUAGAUUUUAAUAUUAUAAAAUAUAAUUUAAUAAGAGAAUGAGCCAUUAUUAUUAUAAACAUUUUAUCAGUGUAUGUUAACAGAUAUGUGAUUAUAUGAUCAGUAUUUAUGUACCUUUAGUUUGUCAAUUUAUAAGUCCAUUUUUUUGUUACUUUUAAUGUUCUUUAGACUGAUAAUGUUGCCAAAUGUUUAGCAAAUAUUACUUGAAUUUAUUGUUCUUUACCUAUAAUAAAUAUCUUAUGUGUCAAAUCAAAAGAUGUAUAUUAUUUUGAGCGAUACAACGAGUGUAUUGUUUCUAAUUUCAUCUUUAAGUUUUGUAAAAAUACUUCAAACUUCAACUUCGAGGGAGGAUUUUGGUAGUAAACUGAUUCUAAUUGAUACUUUGCAGAGGUUAAAAGUACUUUUUUUAGAGCAACAAGUUUCUAGUAUUUUAGCAAAAUAAUCGGGAUAAAUAAAAUAUACAUCAAAGGAAAACUGAAAUUUUUAUCAUAAAUCAGAUUUUAAUUAAAUAAUUUUGUUUUAAAUUAUGAGGAGAGCAAUGAAUGUAAUAUAUUGAUUUUACAAUA